UCCACACAGUUGACUGACCAGAACAAGGGAAUAUCUGAUACAUACUAUCAUACAAAUUACAAUAUGUUGGAGAUGCUUGAAUACAGCCAUUACCAGGUACAGACACAUCUGGAGAACCCCACCAAGUACCACAUCCAGCAGGCCCAGAGGAAGCAGGUGAGGCAGUACCUGUCCACCACCCUUGGGGGUAAGCCUGGCAGCCAGGCCGGAAGCCUGCAGUGCCCCAGCCAGCCCCCGGAGCACGGGAUGCCCCCCGGCCCAGGCAGCAGUGCCCCCAACAGCCCCAUGGCCCUGCUGACCCUCAGCUCCAACUGCGAGAAGGAGAUGGAUGAUGUCAUCGAUGACAUUAUUAGCUUGGAAACAAGUUAUAAUGAGGAUAUUUUUGGACUUAUGGACCCAGGACUCCAGGUUACUAAUACACUCCCUGUAUCUGGUAACCUUCUGGACAUGUAUGGAAAUCAAGGGCUUCCCCCAAAUGGACUUGCCAUCAGUAACUCCUGCCCUGGUAGCUUAUCCAACAUCAAAAGGGAAUUCUCAGCUCCUGGCAUGAUGCACGUACUGGACAAUACUGGAUCCUAUGGCCAGUUUGACAACUACCAAAGGCCCGAGGGCUUUCCAGUUGCUGAGGUUCGAGCGAUGGCCAAGGAGAGACAAAAAAAGGACAACCACAACUUAAUUGAACGAAGGAGAAGGUUCAACAUCAACGAUCGAAUCAAAGAGCUUGGAACCCUGAUUCCUAAAUCUAAUGAUCCGGACAUGCGCUGGAAUAAGGGCACCAUUCUGAAGGCCUCAGUGGACUACAUCAGGAAGCUGCAGAGGGAGCAGCAGAGAGCCAAGGAGGUGGAGCUUAGACAGAGAAGGCUGGAGCAUGCCAACCGCCAUCUGAUGCUGCGCAUACAGGAGUUGGAGAUGCAGGCGCGGGCUCAUGGUCUUGCAAUUCUGCCGUCGUCUUCCCUCUGCUCCUCUGAGCUGAUAGCCCGAGCCAUCAAGCAGGAGCCCAUCUUAGGAGACUGUCCCUCAGACCUGUACCAGCAGCCAGGUCCCGACAUGUCCCCUCCCACCACACUGGACCUCAACAACGGUACCAUCCACUUUAACGACAGCCCUGUGGAUGCAGGUGACCCAGGGGCAUAUGGCUCCAGCAAAGCAUCCACUAAACUGAAGGACAUUCUAAUGGACAACACCCUGUCGCCCAUAUCAUCCAAUGACCCCCUUCUGUCCUCAGCUUCCCCAGACACCUCCAACAGCAGCAGCAGGCGUAGCAGCAGCUCAAGCAUGGAGGAGAAUGAUCAUGGUUGUUAGCACUGCCCACAAGCUCAAAUCACACUGACAUUUUAUAAAGUAGCAUUGUUAUUACUGGAGCCAACGCUAGGUGCUGCUAUGGCCUAUUCCUUGAGAUAAAGACAGUGGGAUUUUCCCUCCCAUGUUUUUGUUUGUUUUACAAUAUUGUGUCUCUUUCUGGAAUCAAAUCUGGUUGUUCAGAUUAGGCUACCCUGCCUAAGGUGACUGCUGAGAUUUCACUGUACUGUAGCGUUCACUUUUCAUGUGAAUUAUUUGACAGGAAGUGCACAAUAACAUGGCAAUAAUGUAUUUUAUGUAUAAUAUUUUGAUAUUUUUUUCAUAUCAUGACCAUUUGUUGAAUUAGUUUAAAACAUUUGUUUUGUGAGAUAUCAUAGAGAAAUAUAUAUUUAGUUGAAUACUUAAAUUAACUGAUAAUAACAUUUCACCCAGAUUUUAAGAUGAGAUAAGACACAUUUUUACCCUUAAAUUUAGAAGCAAUGGUUUGAAACCUACAAUAUUAUUUGCGACUAGAAACAACUUUCAGGAACAAUGAAUACAAUUUCAAUGAAUACAACCUGCUGAUGAAUUUUGUUUCUGACGUGGUGAUAUCUAAAGUGAAGAUAUUUGUACAAAACAACACUGUAUAUAUACAUAUUUUGUGAUUUAGUUUUUUGAAG